GGGGUUGAUAGCAGGGGAGGAACAUAAAAGAGCGUUGCUGGAACCAGGCUUGCAGGAGGAGCACUGACACCGAGUCCAAGGAAGGAGAAAGACGAGGCUGCAGUUCCUGGACGGUCCAAUCAUGCUGUGGUUCUUUGGGCUGACCUGUGUCCUCUGCAUUGGAGGACACGUCGUAGCGGGACAGAGAGAUGGAGAAAUUAUCAGUCAGAUUAAAAUGACUAACCUGGCCUUGGCUGAGAUUAAAGAGUUGCUGAAACAACAGGUUAGAGAAAUCGUGUUCUUGAAGAACACGGUGAUGGAGUGUGAAGCCUGUGGAAUGGGAGGUAUUCAACCCGUUUCCCCCUGUGAGCCCAACCCCUGCCACCCCGGAGUGAAGUGCACGGAGUCCCUUGAUGGUCCUGAGUGUGGACCCUGUCCUGACGGCAUGGAGGGAAACGGUACCCGCUGCACCGACGUGGAUGAGUGCACGGUGAUUCCCUGCCACAUGGGUGUCCGUUGCAUCAACACCUCACCUGGUUUCCGCUGUGGGUCCUGUCCCGCUGGAUACACCGGACCCCAGGUCCAGGGGGUCGGGCUUGCCUUCGCCAGAGCCAACAAGCAGGUGUGCAAAGACAUUGACGAGUGUGAAGGUCCCAAUAAUGGAGGCUGUGUGGAGAACUCUGUCUGUAUGAACACCCCUGGCUCGUUUAGAUGUGGCCCCUGUAAGCCAGGCUAUGCUGGGGACCAGCGGCGUGGCUGUAAGCCGGAGAGAGCUUGUGGGAACGGCCAGCCCAAUCCCUGCCACGCCAGCGCCGAGUGCAUCGUCCACCGAGAGGGUACCAUCGAAUGUCAGUGCGGCGUGGGAUGGGCGGGCAAUGGAUACCUCUGCGGCACAGACACAGACAUUGAUGGGCUCCCUGAUGAGAAGCUGAACUGUCCUGACAUGAACUGCAAAAAGGAUAACUGCCUCACCGUGCCAAACUCCGGCCAGGAGGAUGCUGACAACGACGGAAUCGGAGACGCCUGUGACGACGACGCAGAUGGGGACGGGAUCCCAAACAUGCAGGAUAACUGUCAGCUGGUGCCCAACGUGGACCAGAGAAACAUCGACGAGGACGACUUUGGUGACGCCUGUGACAACUGCAGAGCGGUCAAAAACAACGACCAGAAAGACACAGAUUUGGACAAAUAUGGUGAUGAAUGUGACGAAGACAUGGAUGGAGAUGGUAUCCCAAAUCACCUGGACAACUGCAAAAGGGUUCCCAAUGUUGACCAGAAAGACCGAGAUGGAGACAAAGUGGGAGAUGCCUGCGACAGCUGUCCUUACGUUCCCAACCCUGACCAGAUGGACGCAGACAAUGACUUGAUUGGAGACCCAUGUGAUACCAACAAGGACAGUGACGGCGAUGGACACCAAGACAGCCGGGACAACUGUCCAGCCGUCAUCAACAGCUCUCAGCUGGACACCGACAAAGACGGAAAGGGUGAUGAGUGUGAUGACGAUGAUGAUAAUGACGGCAUCCCCGACCUGCUGCCACCUGGUCCCGACAACUGCCGCCUGGUCCCCAACCCUCUGCAGGAGGACUUAGACGGUGACGGUGUGGGUGAUGUGUGUCAGAAGGAUUUUGACAACGACACCAUCAUCGAUCCCAUCGAUGCUUGUCCUGAAAACGCUGAGGUUACCCUCACUGACUUCAGGGAGUACCAGACGGUGGUUCUCGACCCUGAGGGAGACGCACAGAUAGACCCCAACUGGGUGGUCCUAAACCAGGGAAGAGAAAUCGUCCAGACUAUGAACAGCGACCCUGGUUUGGCUGUUGGCUACACGGCGUUCAGCGGCGUGGAUUUUGAAGGGACCUUCCAUGUCAACACGGUAACGGACGACGACUACGCUGGGUUCAUCUUCGGCUACCAGGACAGCUCCAGUUUCUACGUGGUGAUGUGGAAGCAGGUGGAGCAGAUCUACUGGCAGGCCAACCCGUUCAGAGCCGUGGCUCAACAAGGCAUCCAGCUGAAGGCGGUGAAGUCGAACACGGGUCCAGGUGAGAAUCUGAGGAACGCCCUGUGGCACACAGGUGACACCAGCGACCAGGUGAAGCUGCUGUGGAAAGACCCUCGCAACGUUGGCUGGAAGGACAAGACUUCGUACCGCUGGUUCCUGCAGCACCGACCCGCGGACGGCUACAUCAGGGUUCGUUUCUAUGAGGGUUCCCAGAUGGUUGCAGACACAGGCGUCAUCAUAGACGCCACCAUGAGAGGAGGCCGACUCGGAGUCUUCUGCUUCUCCCAGGAGAACAUCAUCUGGGCCAACCUGCGUUAUCGCUGCAACGACACUCUUCCUGGGGACUUUGACGCCUACAGAGCCCAGCAGGUCCAGCUGGUGGCCUGAGGAUGGAAAGCAAACAAACUCUUUACCACGAACAGCAGGAGUGAGGAGGAAGCAUCAGGAAUGAGCCCGUCCGGACAGGACCGGUCAUGUGAGACGUGUUUGGAUCGUUGACUCAGAAACAACAUUUCUCACCAAAAAUAUGUUGUUGCAAAUUGUCAAGAACAAGAAAUAAAACAACAUUUAAAU